CAGUAAUACUGCAAAUAACUUAUUCGUCCAUAUUUAGACUUUACCCUGAAACCGGAAACAAGUGGCACUUUGCCGACAAAUUAUUUUAGAAAAAGAAAAAAUGGCUGUGUCAACUGGUGCAUCAUUGAUGUUAUCUACCACUUUGAUGGUGGUGAGCUUUGCCGUCAUGCAGAUGUUUAGGCAGCAGCUUGGUGGCUCAGAAUACAUGACGAUUGUUGGAGGAUUUAUUGGAUCGAUUGUCUUUAUUCUAGUUCUCACUGCAGUAAACAACUUUGAAAACUUGAUGUUUGGAGAAGGUUUCCAUAGCAAAGUACCAGAAGUUAUAUUUAGCCUGGUAGUAGCAAUGUUUUCAUCUGCUCUUGUACACAGAGUUUGUGUAACCACAUGUCUUAUAUUUUCCUUGGUUGCUUUGUACUACAUCAACAAGAUAUCUCAAGUGAAAUAUGCAGUGGCUGCCCCAGUACAAGUUAAACAGACACCAAAAAAGAAGAAGUAGACCAGUAUCACAUGACAUAUAGACUUACAUUAUUAUAAAACAGCGGUACUUGCCUAUUUCUGACUAAAUAUUUUGUUUAUUUUUUUUUUUUGAGAAAUAAAAUCUGCUUUAUAUAUUGGGAAAUACUGGCUAUUAAAUGUUUAAUGUGCAACUGUGUAUCAUCACUGUAGUGCAAAAAGUGAAUAAGUCCUUCUUUAAGUCAAUGGAGUUACCCACUUUUUGCACUGAGGUGAUGGACUAUGUUAUACCCUCGCGCACUUAAGUCCAAGUCUUGUAGGGCGGGAUCUUUUUUUUUCCGUUAAUUUUGAAUGCCGUUCUAGAAAGAAAUUGAUACAGAAAAAGAAAGUAGAGUUUUAUCUUCUGGCGAAAUAUUAUAUUGAUAUCUGGAGUAGUACAAAACAUUAAUAGACAGACAGAUCAUCAAACAAACAAAAGGCCCGCACAUGUAAUAAAGAAAUAAUAGAUAUGAUACGUAUGAUUUAAUUUGAAUAGUUUUAUUGCAAAUAAAUGAAUAAUGCAACAGUUUGGAUUUAUUUCUGAAAAACCCUUAUAUAUUUUUCUGAGUAAUUUGGAUAUUUUAAAACUGAUAGCAAGUUUCAUAGAAGUUCUGUUAUGCAAUUCUUAGGUUACUUGUACCAUGCGAAAAAAGAGGUGUGUUUACAAAUUUUUUUUUUUGUGAUUUCACAAGGCAUAAUCAGAAAUAGGUUAAUAGUUACUAGCUUUCAUUGAGUGUAUGAAUGUGUAAAAAUGUAAAAUUUGGUGAAUGUUUUAUAAUUCUAGGAACAUGAUCCUUUAUGAAAUAAACCAAAGAAAAA